AUGGAGGGCGGAAGCACCUCUUUCCAACAGGUUUCGACAACAACCUCGAGCAGUGGCGGAAAGACGACAAAGACAGUCAAGACGACGACAACGACGACAAGAACAGAGUAUGUGGUCCAGCAGUCCUCAUCUUCUGUUUCAAAGAGCACCUACUCGCUCAGCUCGUCAGUCUCAAAGGGGUCCAGCCAGAGCCAGACAAACCUCAGCUCACCCCCCAGUCUUGGUAUCAAGCAGUUUGGAUCCAGCGACUACUUUCAAGUAGAGGAGAUUGUUGAACAGCCAAAGAUCUCGUUUCAUCGCCAGUCCCGCCUAGUGACCAGCGCAGACACUAGCGAGUUCACCCUGGUCACUAGCGAUGCUCAAUCCGCCACAGAGUCUUUGACAGUCGAAUAUUCGUCUCGUCCGCGCCUCGAAAUCACCGAUAGCAGCCAGACAGUCGUGACUGUUCAAGACUCGUCCUGCCACACCGACUUUCUCACAAUGUCCAAUACGGACAACUUUGUGGUUACAGAAGUCGUCCAACUCCCCAAUAUCGUCCGCCCUCGCCUUUCCAGAUUCACCACUAGCAACACUCUUGUGGAAACACACUCCUUUACCAAAGAUGACGCCGAGGCAGUGGUAGUAGAACUACCCUCUCAGACGAUCGUCGAAACUACACUCAUCAAUACUACUUCCUCCGAACCCUCUGCCACUAUAGUCGAAGUCGAGACGACUCCGGCUAUCACGGAAGUGGUCGAAAUCUCAUACAGUCACCCAGCCGAAACUGAAACCAUUCAAAUCUUCCCUACUCAUGCCGUCGAAACAAUCGAAUCGACUUCGAUUGUCGAGAUACCGGCGGCAGAAGCCUCGGCAACGAUUGUCCAAGUUGUAGAAGCACGCAAACCUGUAGUCGAAGUCUCGGCGGAAGAAACAUCGACCACCAUCGAGGUCGUAAAGCAGCAACCGGUCGAACGGAGCGAUCAUGCUAUUACCGUCGACACCUGCCACGGGACCGAGCUGAUUGAGACGACUUUGACUCACCAGGAUGUGUCCCAAAUAUCCAGUUCUGGUCGAGUGAGGGCCCUUUCUGGAACUACACACUCCUCGAAUGAGGUCUGGGAAGUCGUAGAGGUUACCACUCCAACCCGACAGUACGCCGCCAAUAAUAAGCCCCAUCCCUUCCCGCCUGUCAGCCGCCCGCGCGCCCUCACGUCGACAACCCGUGCGUCUACUGACGUCUUCGAAGUCGUCGACAUGUCAUCGACGUCUCAGUAUGGCCGCCAGAACCCAGAACAGUUUUACCACCGGCUAAGCUUUAGUCAAAGUAUGGGUGGAGUGACCGCUGCGUCUGCCUCUCAAAGCGAAUUCGCCACUACGGUCGCCGGUGAUUCUACUGAGCAUCUGUGGUCCAAAUAUCACUCCGACGAGCGAGUUCCACCAGUUCCGGCGCUUCCGAGACAAUAUCAGGAGCCCCUGAAACCUGUCGAGGACAAAGAAGAGGAAUCCACUGUCACCCCGGUGACCAACAGUCCGUACAUCAGUCGCGCACCAUCUGCGACCCCUCAGCAUACAGAGGACCCACGCCAGCCUUUACGCCGUCCAAGCAACGCUGUCCCACCAGUCACUGCAUCCGCUACAUGCUGGGGCUACUGUCGUCGAGCAGAAAAGGGCGGCGUGCAGCCUGCAGAAGUGCAGUACCUUUCGUUGGAUGGAAUGGGCAUGUUCAACCCACUUUUCCGAAUCCUGCUCAUCGCUUUGGUGAUUGUUAUCCUCGUACUUGCCAUGGCUGCGUUCCUCUAUGGAUACCUUCGCAUGUCCAAAGUCGAGUGGACGCGAUGGAUCAUCAUCAGCGCCGUUCCUCAAGGAAGCGUGCUGCUCAUCACGUCGCUCGCAUGCAAGCUCGUUCUCAUCUGCAUCCCUUUCCUUAUGGCCAUUGUCGCAUACUACGUCGCCUGCUCCUGGGCCCGACAGAAUGAGGCGGAUGCUUCGCGCGGUGGUGCUGAGUCUGGAGAAAAGCUCCCUUGCGGAUGUCCUAUUCGUCGCGACGUUGCAGUCGAGAUGGAGAAGAGGCAAGAAAUGGACAAGGAGCAAUAUGGGCUUCUACUCAGUCUGUUCAAGAGCGCUACCAUCUUCGCUCUCUGGCAAGGGCUCAAAUACAUCUUCAAGCCAACUUCUUCUUCCUCUCGUCAGAAAGCGUGUAGACAAGCCCUCUCGAGGCCGGUUAUCAAGACGUUUUCCGUCCUCUUCUUCGCGAUCCUUAUCCUUUACGGCAUGCUUUCUCUCGAUCUCGCCAUGCAUCAUCUGUCAAAGACCAAAUACCUUCCGAUCCGAGGUCUCGCACUCCCCAUCCCACUCGCCUCGGAGAAGGAUGCAAGGCUCUACGGACGCGAACUCAAAGAGGCAUGCGUUCAAGACGCGAUGGCAAAUGGAACUGCUUGCACUGUUGGUCCCGUAACUCUUGCUGUGGGUGGUGUAAGCGCGACAGCUAAUAGCACUACCGACUAUACGGAGGGAAUGCUUACGCUGUCUGGACUAUCCAAGACCAACGCAGUCGCAUUCACCAACUAUGCUCAAGCAGACGGUAAAAUUGCCCAAAUCGCUCUUCUUGUGGACGCUUCCGCCACAUCGGCCUCGUUGCUCGCCAAGAGUGAGGGUGAGGAUAACGAAUCAUGGACGGCAAAGACGAUUGGUAUUUCCACUACCUGCGAGCUCAUUUCGCCUCAUUGCGACACGGCUUCACUCUGCACGGCCACGCAUUCGCCUCCGACAGCACACCUCGGUGGAGACGCCCCAAUCGACUAUGAGACUUGCACGGCAUAUUCAUGUGCCGCAUCUGGAUGGCCUGUGUACUGGGACAUCGGACCGAGAAAUACGACGGGUCUGUUCAUUAGCGAGCCGCUCGAGGCUCGCAAUGAGGACUCACUCUACGCUCGCCAAGCAAUUCCAUCGCAAAGUGGUGUUGCUCGUGAUGGAGGGUUCCGGUUCUUUGCUAGCCUGACGUCGUACGUUGAUCCCUCAGUCCUUGCUACCGACUGUACCCGCACCUCUUCGACCACAGGCCUCUGCAACCAAGGCCGCGACGAAGGUUUCGUGUAUGCAGGAGAUAAUACGCGCGCAUGGGUUGGGUCGUACCGCCAGGUGAUCAUGGGUUGCAGUGUCCAAAUGCUCAACGUCGAAUACGAUUACUUCAAUGGUGAAUACACCGUCCACAACUCGACUGUCUCACAGGCCAAUUCUACGGUCACAUAUGCCCUGAGCUCUGUGCUGUACACGAGCGAUGCGCGUGUUACUGCACUAGGCGCGGCGCUGGGACUCAUGGCUGCAGGAAAGACCGCUAGUAGUGCCGGUGUCGUGUCUGCGCUUGAAGCCGGCGUGGCACGAGUCAUGCUCGCGAUGGGGCAUAGUGCAUUCGUACCAUCCUCUAUCACGGGAUUGCGCAAGAUGCUCAGUCUUCCUGCAACGAUUAUGCCGGCACCACUUAUUGCCGGAUUCAUUGCACUGCUUGUUAUCUUCGCAAUACUCGUGAUUGCCGUUGCAGCCUUUGCGGUCCUCCAUAUCAAUCGUGGACUGUGGACCGAAAAGAAGCGCAUCGAAAAGGCAUUGCAAAAAGCGGGAGAGCAAAACCAUGGCAACGGAUGCUCGACGUAA